ACGCAUUACGGGAAGGACACAGAAAAGGGAACUAAAAUACAAGCUGUUUCGCAAUGGUUUUUUGGGGCUUUUGAAAGGGGAAAUUGUCUUCAAUCAUGUAUGCUUCUGGAACGGAGAGUUUAAUCAAACAGGCAAGAGAAAUUCAGGAGGAAGAAUUGCAGAAGUUCUAUGGCCGCGUAUGUAAGCUCCUCCACGUCAAAGACUAUGGAAACGAAACCGUGGAUUCUCUGCAGAGACUUCACUUGAUCGUUUCUGCAACGAAGUAUGGGAGAACGCUUCCGUCAGAGCUCCAUAAGAAGUUGCAGGCACUCUUGUGCUCUCCAAGUUCCCCGGAGCAGCUGCAGGUUCUGUGUUGCUCCACCCUGAGAGAGAGCCUUCCCCUCAGUGUCCAGAGCCUGCCUAUUGAUGACCUCCAGGACAGCAGGACCCUCAGCUAUGUGGCAUCUGUCAUUCUCGCACAGGCAGGGGACAGUAACGACCUCACGGCCCUCAGCCACCUGCUGCUCAAGAGUCUGGAGUUUCGGCAGCCGGAGGGGCAAAUAUCCAGACAUGUGCUUCCUCUUCUCUCCAAGAUCAUAAGUUUCUCUCCAGAGAGCCUGACUGAGGAUCAUAUCAACCUGGUGAGCAGGAAGCUGGUAGAUUGGCUGCGGUAUGCCAGUGUCCAGCAGGGAGCGUCCAUGUCCUCUGGAGGUUUUUUCACCGGCCCCAGAGCCAGACAGCCGGGUCCGAUGACUGAGGUGGACGGGGCAGUGGCGGGAGACUUCUUCACUGUGCUCUGUGUGGGGCAAAGCUACACAGAAGACCAGUGGAUGAACAUGUAUGCCUUCUCCAUGAUCAGGAAGUGGCUGCUGACCUAUGACACAGAAGGAACUGGCAACGUGGAUACAGCUCAGCUUAAGAGAAUGCAGGUCAUGCAAUCGCUGUCACAAGAUGACCGCUCCGAGGUGGACGGCUCCGUGAUGUCCAUGGUCUCAGCCACGUCCUCGUCCAGCCGCCUGCUUCCCCCGAAGGAGCGGCUUAGAGAGAAAGCCUUUGAGUACUGCCACCGCCUCAUCGAACAGAGCGACCGCAAGGCACUGAAGAAGGCUGACUCAGAUCUGCAGAAGGCUUGCCUUGUGGAGGCGGUGACGGUCAUGGACAUCAUCUGUAAGGAGGACCCCUCCUUUGUGUACCGGGCCUUCCCCUGCAUCAAGGCCCUGUACGGUCGGCUGAAUGGAGACCUGGCCUUCGCCCGCACCCUUCUGCCCAUUGCCCAGUUCUACCUCAACCACAGUGCAACAGCGGCGGUGGACUCGGAGAUGGUGUUCCGGCAGCUCUUCUCACGGUUCCCAGGGGAGCUCUUCAACGAGCCCAUGCUGGCCUUCGAGUUCGUCCAGUUCUGCAGGGCCAACCUGGCCGUGCUCCAGGAGAGCGUGCCCCUCUACCGGCAGAGCUUCCCCAACCUUCUCAAGUUUCUGGCCUGGAAUAGUCCGGCCCUGAUCUCGGAGUUUGUGGAGCUGCUUCCCUCCCUGCUGGCUCCAGAGACCGCCAUCGAGAUCUUGCACUCUCUGCUGGACCUGCCGUGCCUGGCAGCAGCCCUGGACCUCCAGCUCAGGUCCUCCUCCCUUCAGGUUCCCGAGAGGACUGUGUGGGACCAAGGCUCCAAGGCAUCCAGCUCUCUGGAGGCGUUCCGCCAGCCUUACUACAGGGGCAUGUUCCUGUACAUACUGCGGCCAGAGGCAGGGACCGGGGACACCAUCGACAGGUUGAAUCUGCUCCAUGAGGUCUUGGCGGACAUGGCUGAGAAUCCACGCACCGUGCAAUGUGCUCAAACUGUCCCUGUGCUUCUGCAUGUCUUCUUCAACACCGUUGUCCAGUUUGCAGACCAGAAGCUCAUUAACCAGCUGGUUCUCAUCCUGCUGGAGAGAAGCAGUCUGCUCUUCAACAUUCACAACUAUAAGACCGAGGUGCAGAGAGUGUUCGGCACCCACCUGCUGGUGUUGUGCAAGCUCCACCCGUCUCUCAUAGUGGACCAGUCCAGAGAGCUGCUGGACUUUGCCGGCACCACAGCCAACAUCUACAGCAAGGAGGACCUCUACACUCACAUGGUGUGGGUGAUCGGGGAGUACCUCUCCGUCUCCCACGACGCGCGCUGCACGGUUGAGCACAUCACCUCCUUCUUCGAGACGCUGGAGGCGGUGCUGUUUGAGAUCACGCAGGUGCGGCAGUCGGCCAGCCCGCCCUGCUUUUCCCCGCGGGUCAUCACCGUGCUCAUGACCACCCUGGCCAAGCUGGCCUCCCGCAGCCAGGACCUCAUCCCGAGAAUGUCCCUGUUCCUGUCCAAGAUGCGCUCAUUCGUGCGCAGCGGGCCGGUCACGUCCUGCUACAGCGAGGAGGAUCUGGAGGAGAUCCUGACCCGCUCCCACGAGCUCAUUAACCUGCUCAAGAUGCCCAGCGUGGCCCAGUUCGUCCUGGCGCCCUCAGCCCGAGGGGACAGCCCCCGUUGGCACCGUGACACCAACGCCUCCCUGCCCCUGUCCAUGAGGACACUGAGCAGCCUGCUACACAAACACAGCAGCUUCCAGCAUUGCUGAGCGGAGCCAGACAGAACGGGCUCGGUUUCCAUGAAUUGGGGCCAAGUUAAGGGAAUGUCCAGUCUACAGCCUCAGAUAUUUCUGUUCUGCUUAUUUGCGGAACAGAACGUGCGGCACUUUCAUUCGUUGUAACAAAUUUAAAUUUCACUUUUAUACGAAAAAUUAUGGAUUCUGUUUGAUGACAAGCUGACGAAGAUCAGAUAUGCGCACACUCGGAUCACUGUAUGCACUCAUGUGUAACUAAACUGUAAAAAACUGAACUGUAAAGAAGUAAAUAAAUACUAUAAUAAACUU